AACUCGGCCUGCCAAGAUCUUGUCGCGAGUGCCUUCUUCCCCCUCCGAUGGCGGUCAGCUCUCUCUCUCUCUCUUUCUCUCUCGCACAAGUACACACAUGAGACGAGAUCUUUCGGCAUCCAAAGAGAAGGAAAUAGCUACAAAUUUGUACUGUACCUGUUAACCCAAAACCUUUCUUGAACAAUUUGACUGGGAAGCCAGUGAUUGUGAAACUUAAGUGGGGAAUGGAAUAUAAAGGUUUUCUUGUUUCAGUAGAUUCCUAUAUGAAUUUGCAGCUUGCAAAUACUGAAGAAUACAUUGAUGGCCAGUUCACAGGGAACCUUGGGGAGAUACUGAUACGAUGUAACAAUGUUCUUUACCUCCGAGGUGUGCCAGAGGAUGAAGAAAUUGAAGAUGCUGAAUGAGAUCAAACAGAACUGCCGUCGGCCAUGUUCUUUAUGUAGUAGUUAGAUCUAGUCUCACAACGUUGUGCCUAGAUGUAGGAAUGCAGGCUCUGCUGCUAAUGUGUCGGUAGUUUUCUUUUCAGGACACUGUAUUACCUAUCACAAUUAGACUAACAUGGUUGUUUGACCUUAUUAUACUGCAUUACUGUGUAUCAAUGCAACCCCGUCCCCAA